CUAUUGGUGGCAGCGUUGCGAGGCGGGCCCGGGGCAUUGUCCGGCUCCGGCAGCGGUGGUCGGGCUGCGAGAGCCGGGACAGCGGCGGCGCGGGGCGGCAGCGGGCGGCGCGCGGCCGAAACCAUGGCUGGAGGCAAAGCUGGGAAAGACAGUGGGAAGGCCAAGGCUAAGGCAGUGUCCCGCUCACAGAGAGCUGGGCUGCAGUUUCCUGUGGGCCGAAUCCACAGACACUUGAAGACUCGCACCACAAGCCAUGGACGGGUGGGUGCCACCGCUGCUGUGUACAGUGCGGCAAUUCUGGAGUACCUCACGGCUGAGGUCCUGGAGUUGGCAGGUAAUGCUUCCAAGGAUCUCAAAGUAAAGCGUAUCACUCCACGUCACUUGCAGCUUGCAAUCCGAGGUGAUGAGGAGUUGGAUUCACUUAUCAAGGCUACCAUAGCCGGGGGCGGUGUGAUCCCACACAUCCACAAAUCUCUGAUUGGAAAGAAGGGACAACAGAAAACUGCUUAGGAAGUGAUUUAACCAACCUGCUCACCCCCACUGUCUGUAACGGGGACAGAGGACACCAGCAGCAUUGAGUGGAAUUUUUAAGAACAGUUCAAUGGAAAAGCAUCGACAAUUGCUGUAGACAAGAUAAAAGAAACAUUUGUAUGUUUUUAGACGCACGAAGUUUUUAGACUCACGAAAGUCCCUUUCCCUGUGGUCAUGGUCAUGUGUUGAUUGGCCAAGUUUCUCCCUUGUGUUUUAUACAAAAAUAGAAUUGAUAAAACAUUUUUUACAAAAUGAA